AGGAAUCCAAGAGAGGAAAAUAAAAAGAACCCAGCUCUGCUCUUGCUCUUGAUCUCUCUCCUUUUCCCCCAUCUGGGUUUUGUUCCCAUAAACCUCUCUCUCGCUUCGAAACCAGCCCGGAUUGGAAAGUUGAACAGGGGUAGAUAAAGUUCGAAGCUUUAUCAGAAGACAAUGGUGCGCUAUCAGCGAUGUCCUCAGUGGAGAAAAUGGGAAAAACAUAUAGACGAAGAUGAAGAGCAGACGUUUCUCAUGGAGUUUGCCAACUCUGGUUAUUACAAAAGAUCAAGCCCCAAGCUUCUAUAUCUUCUCUUCAUUUCUCUUCUCUCUUGCAGCUUCAUAUUAGCUCCUCAUCUUUUCAGUUCCAGCACCACUUUCUCUCUCUUAUAUUCAACACUAAUAGAAGAUGAAGGGCUUGCAUCUGAUAUGAAUAUAAAUGCUCCCCUGUGUUCGGCUAUCUCUAAUGGAGCCAUAUGUUGUGAUCGAAGCAGUAUUCGCUCAGAUAUUUGUAUCAUGAAAGGGGAUGUGAGAACCCAGUCUACUUCAUUUUCAAUCUUUGUCUUUGGUUCUGAAGACAGAAGUAGCUCCAAAAGUCGGUUUUCAGGUAUUCUUGUGGAUAAUGAAGAUGGGGAAAAUCAGGAACUCCAACAUGAAAGGAUCAAACCAUAUACCCGGAAAUGGGAAACUAGUGUGAUGAACACCAUUGAUGAAUUACACCUCAUUGCAAAGAAAGACAGUACUCUAGACCUGUACGAACAACAGUGUGAUGUCCAGCAUGAUGUUCCAGCUGUCUUUUUCUCAACUGGGGGCUAUACCGGUAAUGUUUAUCAUGAAUUCAAUGAUGGGAUUCUGCCAUUGUAUAUUACGUCCCAGCAUUUCAACAAGAAGGUUGUGUUUGUCAUUCAGGACUAUCAUAAGUGGUGGGUCAUGAAAUAUGGAGACAUUCUUUCACAGCUAUCUGAUUAUCCACCUAUAGACUUUAGUGGAGAUAAGAGAACUCAUUGCUUUUCUGAGGCCACUGUUGGUCUGAGAAUUCAUGACGAGCUCUCUAUUGAUUCUUCACUGAUGGAGAGGAAUAAGGACAUUGUUGAUUUCAGGGAUCUCCUAGACCGAGCUUACUGGCCUCGAAUUAGAGGCCUCAUCCAAGAUGAGGAACGAGAAGCACAGGAGAAGCUUUCGGUGUCUCCCGCAUUUGAAAGCUCCUUCGAAUUCAAUAGGGGAGUGCAAGAAGAUAAACUUUUGAAGAAGCCUAAACUGUUAAUCAUAUCUCGGAAUGGAUCAAGAGCAAUAACUAAUGAAAAUCUAUUGGUGAAGAUGGCUGAGAAAAUUGGUUUUGAAGUGGAGGUUUUGCGACCAAACCCCACGACAGAGUUGGCAAAGAUUUAUCGCGCACUUAAUGGGAGUGAUGUCAUGAUUGGAGUUCAUGGUGCGGCUAUGACUCAUUUCCUUUUCAUGAAGCCUCACUCUGUUUUCAUCCAAGUUAUUCCUCUUGGAACUGAAUGGGCAGCGGAAGAGUAUUAUGGGGAACCUGCAAAGAAGCUUGGCUUAAAAUACAUUGGCUAUCAAAUUCUCGCAAGAGAGAGCUCUUUGUAUGGCAAAUAUGACAGAGAUGAUCCUGUUCUUCGAGAUCCACAGAGCGUAAACAAAAAAGGAUGGGAGUACACAAAGAAAAUCUAUCUUGAUGGGCAAACUGUGAGACUAAACCUUGGGAGAUUUCGGAAACGUUUGGUUCGUUCUUAUGAUUACAUGUUCAGUAGAAUGAACCAGCGUCCGCAUCUACAAUAUUCACAGUGAUUCAAAGGUCUACUGAUUCGUUACCUUACAUAAAUCAUUUUGAAUGUUGUAGAUGGUAUAAAAUGGCUAUGCUAGAAAGAUUUCUUUGUUCUUGGUAGAAAUUGUUGAACAUACACACGACCUCUGUACAUCAUGCAUUGG